UCGGCGUUUUUGUGGGAGUUUUUGGAUGAUCGCUUUGUCAGUGAUAGCGAAGUCAUUUGGAUUGGGCUGCACAGAGCUCCAGAUAGAUCAUUAACCUGGUCCGACCCGCAGUGUUCCAGGCUAGACAAGAACGUGUGGGAGAACUUCGAGGGUACUAGCGAUGGAGUGUAUUCUUAUUCAAGCCAAUGCCAACGACAGAGAGGCAGCAGCUUGGAGUGGGAUAGAGAGGGAUGUAGGGGUCGUGACAAGUUCAUCUGCGAGAGGCCUGGCAAUUCCAAUUCAGUGAACAACACAAACACCGAUUCCUAUCAAACAACUGACGAUAACAACAACUCUCCUACUCCGUGCCAACCCAGGGAUGAAUCUAUUAACCAAGGUCUGAGUACGGUCUGUCCUAGUGCGACCCAGGCUACCGUUACCAUGACACCAGUACCAGUAACUACAACUGUUGUUAACACCGUUACCAUGACACCAGUACCAGUAACUACAACUGUUGUUAACACCGUUACCAUGACACCAGUACCAGUAACUACAACUGUUGUUAACAUCGUUACCAUAACACCAACACCAGUCACAACAACCGUUGUCAACACCGUCACCACAGUAACCCCAGUCAUUUCAACUGUUUUCAACACCGUUACCUUGACACCAACUCCAUCCAUAACCACUGUUGCCACCACCGUUAACACAACCACCCCCGUCAUUUCAACUGCUGUCAACACCGUUACCUUGACACCAACUCCAGUCACAACAACUGUUGUCAACACCGUCACCGUGACACCAACGCCAGUCAUUACAACUUCUAUGAACACAGUUCACGUAAAAACAAUCCCAGUUUCUACCGCUGGGGUUUCUCCAGAUGUGACGUCAUCUGUCAGUCAAACACCUAACGCUUCUGACGUUUUCUGUACGUCGUUUUCAAACGCCAAUCUUUCACAGACGGAACUGACCGAAGUUCUCGAAGAAAUCGUCGACAAAUUAAUAGUGAACACGAACAGGCUUUCUACCACUGUACGGAAAAAAACGAGUGCACCCGAUCAUCGCCGAUCAUCGACGACAAUGGGUUACACGGCCGGUGUAUUCAUGUGUUUGCCAUUCAUAUUGUUGAUCAUAGCUGACGUACCGGCGAUUGUCCAUCACAUCAGAAACUUAUAUCAAUAGAAACUUACAGAGGUGGAGCAGUCAUCAUUAUUGUUAUUAAAAAAAAUAUUCAAAGUGAACAUUAAGGUCGACAACCGAACACUGUGGAGCCACCGUGUUUGCAUCAACCAGAACAACACAGUUUUAAUGUUCAAAAUAUUCUGAAAAUUCCUAAAAGAAAGCAAUUUUAUUUAUAAUUUGAGCUAAUAAAUAAAAUCAGUGAAAGUCCUCUAACACCCUCGUGACCAUGUGAAAAGUCUGGUUAUAGAGGUAUCCGGUUUAGAGAGGUUCUCUUCUGUGCAGAUAUUUAAAAAGGGGCCGCGAAAAACGUACGGUUUUGAGGGAAGUACGGUUUACAGAGAGUCCGGUUUUGAGAGGUUUCAAUGUGUCUCUCUGUGUGUGUGUGUGUGUGGCGAGAGGGGGGGGGGGGGGGGACAAUUGAAGUUACCCGUCCCCUCUCCUGACCAUCGAUUUUAACGUAGUCGUUUACACAGAUGUGGCUAGAGUGUGUCAUUUUAACGCUGCGAAGACACGUAAGCCACAGCAGACGUGAAACAUUUCUUUUCAAAUAUUUUUGUUUAUUUAUUUAAU